AGGUAGAUCCAAGCCACAUCCAACCUGGCCUUGGACACUCCCAGGGAUGGGGCAGGCCCAGCUUCUUUGGGAAACUUGUGCCAGGGCAUCACCCACAUUUACAAGGAGGAAUGUCUUGCCAAUACCCCUUCCUGAGUCCCUUUCUCCAUUUAGCAAAGAACACCAGUGUUCCAUUGCUGUAUAAAGUUCAAUCACACAACAAUGAAAUGAUUAGCCUUGUAAGGAAACCCCAUCCAGUCCCUCCUGCUGCCAGCAGCAGGGACAUUUUCUUGUCCAGUCUGGGCUGGGACACUUCCAGCAAUGGGCUUUUGUCUCCUCCAUCUGUAGAAGUUUGAGUUACCCACAGCCACUGUAACAGACUCUGCUCUAUGACUUAAAAGGAAGUGUUAUGCAAGCAGGGGCCGAUUUGUGGAAGCGGAACCCUGGUGAUGAGGAUGUUUAAUUGCUGAAGUGAUCUCACAGCUGGGAACAGCUCCUGAUAAGCUGCUGGGAACAGCCAGGGAUCGUCCAGCACGGAUCAGGUCUAACACCCCUCCCGCCCAGGUGGUGCUUUGGGGAGCCCCCUGUUAGCAAGGCACAAAUCCCCUUGGCUUUGCCUCAGCCACAGAAAAUGUUUAAAAAACUCACCAAAUGCAUCGUAAAUCAAAUGGAUCCAAGCAAGGAAUUUGUCCCUGUUGAGAGCAUCGCAGACAAUGAGCACUUCAGGCCUCUCUAUCUCCUGAAAAAAAAAAGCAAACCAAAAAACUUAUUUCACCCAGCUCCCUACUACCAGCGAACAGGGUUCACACUGGAUCAUGUGCUGCUGCCUGGAGGAGAUGGUACAAGCAUAGAGUCCAUCCAUGAAGAUUCCAGCCCAUUUACUCUCACAAAAACCUGUGCUGACCAAGCUGAUGGAGGUCUCAGCAUUUCUGUUGACCCUGCAAACGUAGAGCUAAAAGGAGGUGCCUCCACAUCCAAGGAGUUUUCCAUUACUCCACAGAAGAAGAGCAUAUCACUGGACUCACUGGAGGCAUUGAGAAGAGAAAGGGGAAUCAACACGGAGCAUUCCUUCAUCCGACAACUACGGAAAACAAACAUCAGGCUAUUCGUGGUCACUGAAAUCCUCGAAGCCUCGGAGGAGGCUGUCUACAAGGAAUCCACCAAGGCAAAUGGAGGCUUCAAGAUCAAACUUUAUGCCACAUUCUGUGCACAGAGCACCAGGGAAGACAAACAAAGCAUAGUCAUACCCAAGGGCUGCACCCUGGCCUUCAGGACCAUCCCGAUACAAAUUAGAGAUGGAGCAUGGGAUCUGGAUCAUUUCCCAGCAGAAGCUGUGAGAAAGGCAGCUUAUGUAGCUGAUGGUCCCUCACAAGGAAAUUUAGGAGUGGUGCUAACAGAAGUUAAAUACUCCUGCCGAAUUUUCCCCGAGUUGUCUCCUGACCAGCUGCUCAUCGUCUUAAACACCAUCAAAGCUGUGAUGGGAGACAACAACCUCCUUCAGGAGCUCAGCCACAAAAUGGAAGAAAUUUCUGAGCAAAAUGAUGGUUAUGAGCUGAAAUCUGAGAGCCCAGAAUUACAAGCCCUGUUCAGCACCUUACAGCAUUUCCCAAGAGGUGAUCUCCUUCUGCUGGCUGAAGGAAUCACCUACGUCCUUGAUGCUUUGCAUGAGUUAAUGGAGGAUCAGCUGCUGCUGCUGCUGGAAUCCUUGGAAAGGAAGAUUGUGUCCCAACAGCUGAAGCUGGUUGGAAACCUCCUGAAACAUGACCUGAAUAAGGGGAAGGAGACUUUCUUUGUGGAUGCUGGGCUGCUCUUCCCACACGCAGAGGAUCAGGAGUUAACCAUUGCCCUGGUGGAGCUGAGUGGAGUGCAGCUCCAGGAAGAUGGAUCAGCUGUCCCUACGGAUCAGCCCUUCGAGGCUGUGGCUGCCCUGUUUGUGGCCCUGUACGCCCUCAGCCUCCUGAGUGGCUCUGAGUAGGAGGUACCUGGCCCUGCCCAGGGAAACCCUGGGUAAAGGGUUGGGAAAUCUCUGCUGACAAGAUAGUUUUCCAUCCUGAUAUCAUCCUUGUUGAUCCUCAAUGCUGCUCUGCCUCACAAAUGCAGAUUUAAGGCAGGAAAACUCAUUAUGGAUAUUAAAGGCUGGAUAUCAAAGUCGAUUUGUUUCACUAACACCUCACUGGUCCAAACAUUGCCAUCAUCCCUGAGAUGUUCGAGGGACACAGGCGGCACUUUACAGCAACCAUACUCUCAUUACCACGUUAUAAAUAAAGAGGAA